UCUUUCCCUCACUUCACUCCUUGCUACUCAAGUGGCGCGUGCUACAUACUCGCCGGCGGAGUCUUCCCUCUUCUACGGGCGAUCGGCUUAGGUUACUAGUGGGAAGCGAUUAGAAGGAUGAGUUCAAAAAGAGGGAGUGGAAGGCAGUUUACUGCAACAGAUGAUAAUGAAUCGUUGUCCAAAGGGAAAAGCAUAUCUGAAUCUAACCCGAAUACUGAGCAGUUGUCUCAAGGUGUUGCUGAUGUUAACCUAGACUCGGAACAAGACGGUGGAUGGGAGGUAUAUGGAAGGAAGUCCAAGAACAGAGCUGGAAGCAGUGCUGCAAAACCAUGGGGUCCUCCAAUUCAUAAUUCUAACCCCAGAGCACGGGGUAAUACAGAUGUGACUCAAAAGCCUGGCCUUCGGAAUCAUGCAGGAGCUGGACGGGCUUCUGGGAAUCCCUGGCAGCCACAUAAUGCUAACUUUAGGAAACCUACUGGCACAGGAAAUGCAAGACCCCAGAUAUCUACUAGUGGUUCUGAAAGUACAAAUAUGACUCCAAAUCCUUGGAUUCGCCCUCCAUUGGAGCAUGGGUGGAAUUGGCAAUCUAGAGGUGGUUCAAUGCAGCCUAAAACGUAUCCCCAAGGAGAAAAUGAAAUCACUUCAGAGUCCCCUGAGAUGAAUAAUGAUAUUGAUGAUGAGGGGGAGGAUGAUUCUGAUGCUCUGGAAGAUACUGAUGAUGAUCUAAUGAGUGAUGAGUAUGAAUCGGAUAGCAGCCAAAAGAGCCACGAGACUAAGAAGAAGAGCAAAUGGUUUAAGAAGUUUUUUGAGAUGUUAGAUAGCUUGACUGUUGAAGAGAUCAAUGAACCGGAAAGGCAAUGGCAUUGUCCAGCUUGUCAAGGUGGCCCUGGUUCUAUUGAUUGGUAUAGAGGACUGCAACCACUGAUGACUCAUGCCAAAACAAAGGGGUCUAAAAGGGUUAAGGUCCACAGGGAACUUGCAUUGCUUUUAGAUGAAGAGUUGCGCAGAAGAGGUACUUCAGUGAUUCCUCCUGGUGAAACUUUUGGUAAAUGGAAAGGUUUAAAAGAUGAGGAGAAAGAUCAUGAAAUAGUUUGGCCUCCGAUGGUUAUCAUUCAGAAUACAAGGCUUGAACAAGAUGAAAAUGAGAAGUGGUUAGGUAUGGGUAACCAGGAGCUUCUUGAUUAUUUUAGCUCAUAUGGUGCUGUGAAAGCUCGCCACUCCUAUGGUCCACAGGGUCAUCGUGGAAUGAGCCUUUUGAUUUUUGAGGCCUCAGCUAGGGGUUAUUUUGAGGCGGAGCGUCUACAUAAGCAUUUUAUAGAUAAUGGGACUAAUAGAGAUGCUUGGUUCAGAAAUCACCGAAUUUUAUUUCUUCCUGGAGGGAAUCGCCAGCUUUAUGGUUAUAUGGCUAAUAAAGAGGACCUAGACUUUUUCAACAAGCAUUCCCAAGGUAAAUCGAGACUAAAAUAUGAGUUGAGGUCAUACCAUGAGAUGGUAACAAACCAAAUUCGGCAAAUGAGUGAGGACAACCAGCAGCUUGUCUAUUUGAAAAACAGGGUUGUCAAAGAAAAAGAGCAUGCAAGGGCUCUUGAGGAAUCUUUUGGUAAGGUUACUGAGAAGCUCCAUAAGACUAUGGAGGAAAAUCGCAUUGUGAGAUUGAGAACCAAAAUGCAACAUGAGGAAAACAAGGAAGAGAUGAACCUGCAAGAACAAUUUUUUAAGGAGCAGAUGACAGUGAUUCAUGAAUCAAGGAAUGCUAUGGAAGAAGAUUUUGAGAGGAUGCAGCAAGAAAAACGUGAGAAGGUGAAGGAGUCCAGUACAAGUUCUAUAGAUGCAGAAGAGCGGAGGCGCAGGGCUGACGAAUAUCUGAAAUUUGUGGAAAUACAAGACCAAGAAAUGGAAAGCUUCGUAGCAGAAAAGGAGACAUUGUUGAAAGCUCACGAGGACAAUCUGGCUGCAAUGAGGCGGAGGCAUUGGGAGGAGGAGGUUGAGAUGGAGAAGAAGUUUGAUGAAGAAUUGGCCAAACUCAUGGAAAAAUACUCCCCAUCUUGCCGCGACACCAUUUCGUGAUGCCAUGGCUGGGUCAUACGUAAACGCAUACAGACACAGAUAGGCACAGCGAAAUAGAUAGGAAAGAUUAUAUAGACGGAGUCUGUUCUUUCUGGACGGCCCCGGGCUCAGCUUUUUUCUUUCUCUUUUAGCGAACAGACUACAGCCUUCUUCAGUCUCGGGAACGUUGGACUUGAGUUUUCGUGCUGUCUUUACUUUUGUCUUUUGAGAAAGCCGAGCAGAAACUAGAAAAUGACGGUGCGUCUCUGUUCUGUUACUUGGCAUUUGUGGAUGUGUUGUGUUUGAUUUUUACCGCCCUUGCAUUUG